AUGGCAGAGCUUCGACUGACGCUGCUGCUCGUGCCGACGAUGCGGUGGCGCUGGCGCUCCCCGGCCGCGCUGCUGCUGCUCGCCUGCUGGCUGGCUGUGGCCUCGCGGGCCGACCUCGGCAGCCUCAACAGCAGGCUGGAGAACCUGCUGAAGAAGCAGCGACAGAUCGAGGACGCCGUCAGCCGGGGCCGCACGGUCGGACGCGGCCUUAACUUUUUCGAUGUGGCGCGCACCAUAGCAGGGCCCAACUACACCCAGCUGAUGCUGGAGACGAUAGAGGACGUCAACACGCUGGACGAGCUGCAACUCAUGCGGCUCAUCAAGCUAAACCAGGUGCUGACGCCGCCACGUGACACGCUCAUCUACCAGCCCGAGCACGCGUGGAACUCUGCCGAGCCACACGACACCUACAGCCCGCAGCACCUGCGCGGCAUCUUCGACUUCCUGACGCCGGCGCCGCUCGUGAUCCCGCGCAAGUGCAGUUACAGGGGCAGCGAGUACGACUGCGCCGUCAGCGUCAGCUGCGUGUUCCAAGGCAGGCGCGCCAUGGACCUCUGCGACGGCGGCAUGGUCUGGAGCUGCUGCGUG